GACAGGUGGUAGCACCACUGAGCUAAAUCCCUGGCCCUCUGGUUUUUAUCUAAUUUCCAUUUUCUAACACUACAUCCCUACUGCUAGCUUCUGUUACGCCUCUGGAUAAAGUCUAGAUCCUCUCUUGGGUUACUUAAUUUGCUCCAUUUGUGACAGACAGCUCUGAUCUUGACCUGUAACUCAACUCUUUCUCUCCUCACCUCCACAGGCUUGAGAACAUGCUGUUCCUCCCUCCUCUUUCUGCCAUGGACCCCACACUGUAGUCUUUCUCUCAGUCUCUGAAAUUGGUAAUUUAGGCAAGGCAUAAUGCCUUUGUCCCCCACAAGACUGCUUAGCCCUUAUGGCUCUGAUCGGUUGGUACGGCUUGCAGCCAGUCUCCGGCCAGCACUGUGUGAUACCCUGAUCACUGUAGAGGGCCAGGAGUUCCCAGCUCACAGCCUGGUGCUAGCAGGUGUAAGCCAGCAGCUGGGCUGCAGGGGCCAGUGGGUUCUGGUAGAAGGCAUCAGCCAUUCCACCUUUGCCCAGCUUCUGAGUUUUGUUUAUGGGGAGAGUGUAGACCUGCAACCUGGAGACCUGGGGCCCCUCGAGGAGGCAGCCAGGGCCUUGGGUGUGCAAGCCCUGGAAGAAGCCUGCAGAAAGGCUCGAAGGGACAAGACUGAAGAAAAGCUGGAUCCAGGGCUGAAGAAACAUCAGGAGGAGCCAGAGGAACCCACAAGAGAUUCUGAGAGAGGACUGGGGAGCCUUGGAAAGAAGCAAAACCCAGCUAAGUUUUUUAGACUUGGUGGGAGAGAACAGAAGUUGCACAAGCACAAGGCACCAAGAGAGAGCCCUGAGAUGACAGGGGCAACACAGGAGUUUCAAAGGGAGAUGAGAUCAAAGAAGGAGAAACUCAGCCAAAUUCCUGUUAGCCACAGGGAAGCAGAUGGGAAACAAGGAGUAGUCCUCAGGGUGAUAGAGAGCCCAGGGAGCUCUGAGGAAAGUCUGAGGGCAUUCCCUGGUCCCCUUCCCCUACCAGGUUCCCUCCAAACCAGAAUCAUCCCCAGCCCCUGGUGGGCUGAGGCCCCCUGGCUGGGGGAAGGCCAGCCUUCCCUAUGGAGCAUCCUGCUGUGGCCACCCAGAUAUGGCGCUCCCUUCCCCCACAGUACCCCCAACACUGGAGCCUGGCAGGAAGUCUGGCCUCAGGACCAGAGGAUCUCACUGACCCUGAACCACCCGAAAGGGCUCUGGAGUCAGAAUCAGUUGGUCUCCUCCAGCCCCUCCUUAGGUUCCCACCCCCAGGUCCCUUUGCAGCUCAGCCCCGGGGAGAUAGAAGAGUCUGGGCAGGCCCACCCGGGCACACGGGCAACCUGUGUAGGUCAGGACAGCACAGCAGGCGGCCCAUCUCACCAACACCCUCCUCUGCCCCCUCCUGCUCGGCCUCGGCCCUAUUCUUGCUCUGUCUGUGGAAAGAGGUUUUCACUCAAGCAUCAGAUGGAGACGCACUACCGAGUCCACACAGGAGAGAAACCCUUCUCCUGUACCCUGUGUCCUCAGCGCUCCCGGGACUUCUCCGCCAUGACCAAGCACCUGAGGACGCACGGGGCCGCUCCAUACCGCUGCCCUCUGUGCAGGGCCGGGUGCCCCAGUCUGUCCUCUAUGCAGGCACACAUGCGUGGCCACUCGCCCAGCCAGCUCCCGCCGGGAUGGACCAUAAGCUCCACUUUUCUCUACUCCUCCUCGAAAAAGUCCCGGGCCGUGAGCUCUCUUGCUCCCUCCUCUUCUACCACCUGAGCUUCUCAGGCCUCAGCCAAAAGUCCAGUGAGUGAAAGGCCAGCCAUCUCGGCACUGCUGCUCCAGCGGCCUGGCAAAAUUCCGUCGCAGAAGCACCACAGCACUGGCGCGGAGAGUCCUCUCCCGAAUAGCUGAGAGUAGCAGAAGCUUGGGCCAGCCUUCCCGGGUAAGGCCAGGACACUGACGUUUGCCGAAGAGACGAUCAAUUGUACGGGUUCUGUCGGUUGCAUCAUCAUAAUAAAGAGUUUCCGGUGCUGUCUGGUAAGCACUGGAAAGAAAGACGAA